AUGCCAACUAUCCCAUAUCCAACCUUCCGCUGUCUUUUGAUGCUUCAUGUCCGACUGCAAGUACUUGAGUCCUCCAUAUUCUACAUCAUCUCAUGCCCUUACCCUAGUAAACUCGAGGCCUUCUUCAAGCAACCUGCCCAGCAGCUCUACGAUGUCAUUCUCAUAGUCACUCUUACGUCUCGUGCUGCCAUUCUUGGUCACAUUUGUUUGGGCAAGUCAAGUUUCGAAAAGUAUUCGAAGUAG